AUGAGGUGCGACGCGAGCGUCGCCGGCGGGGAGGCCGGCACCGGCGCAGCUGAGGGCGCGCCGCCCCCGCGGCGGUCCUGGCCGUGGACCUGGCCGCGGGGGCGGCGUCCGAGCUGUAGGCGCCACCCAGCGAGGGCCGGCUGUGAGUACAUCCUCGUACACCAGUACCCUGAGCAGGCCGGCCCCGGCGCAGCUGAGGGCGCGCCGCCCCCGCGGCGGUCCUGGCCGUGGACCUGGCCGCGGGGGCGGCGUCCGAGCUGUAGGCGCCACCCAGCGAGGGCCGGCUGUGAGUACAUCCUCGUACACCAGUACCCUGAGCAGGCCGGCCCCGGCGCAGCUGAGGGCGCGCCGCCCCCGCGGCGGUCCUGGCCGUGGACCUGGCCGCGGGGGCGGCGUCCGAGCUGUAGGCGCCACCCAGCGAGGGCCGGCUGUGAGUACAUCCUCGUACACCAGUACCCUGAGCAGGCCGGCCCCGGCGCAGCUGAGGGCGCGCCGCCCCCGCGGCGGUCCUGGCCGUGGACCUGGCCGCGGGGGCGGCGUCCGAGCUGUAGGCGCCACCCAGCGAGGGCCGGCUGUGAGUACAUCCUCGUACACCAGUACCCUGAGCAGGCCGGCCCCGGCGCAGCUGAGGGCGCGCCGCCCCCGCGGCGGUCCUGGCCGUGGACCUGGCCGCGGGGGCGGCGUCCGAGCUGUAGGCGCCACCCAGCGAGGGCCGGCUGUGAGUACAUCCUCGUACACCAGUACCCUGAGCAGGCCGGCCCCGGCGCAGCUGAGGGCGCGCCGCCCCCGCGGCGGUCCUGGCCGUGGACCUGGCCGCGGGGGCGGCGUCCGAGCUGUAGGCGCCACCCAGCGAGGGCCGGCUGUGAGUACAUCCUCGUACACCAGUACCCUGAGCAGGCCGGCCCCGGCGCAGCUGAGGGCGCGCCGCCCCCGCGGCGGUCCUGGCCGUGGACCUGGCCGCGGGGGCGGCGUCCGAGCUGUAGGCGCCACCCAGCGAGGGCCGGCUGUGAGUACAUCCUCGUACACCAGUACCCUGAGCAGGCCGGCCCCGGCGCAGCUGAGGGCGCGCCGCCCCCGCGGCGGUCCUGGCCGUGGACCUGGCCGCGGGGGCGGCGUCCGAGCUGUAGGCGCCACCCAGCGAGGGCCGGCUGUGAGUACAUCCUCGUACACCAGUACCCUGAGCAGGCCGGCCCCGGCGCAGCUGAGGGCGCGCCGCCCCCGCGGCGGUCCUGGCCGUGGACCUGGCCGCGGGGGCGGCGUCCGAGCUGUAGGCGCCACCCAGCGAGGGCCGGCUGUGAGUACAUCCUCGUACACCAGUACCCUGAGCAGGCCGGCCCCGGCGCAGCUGAGGGCGCGCCGCCCCCGCGGCGGUCCUGGCCGUGGACCUGGCCGCGGGGGCGGCGUCCGAGCUGUAGGCGCCACCCAGCGAGGGCCGGCUGCAAUCCUGCGACGCAGUGGUUGAUCACUAAACCAGCCGUCACCCGAACACACGAAAAAGACUAUUCAGUGCUAGUGCUUACUAAUCUUCUGUGCGUACUAACUUAGUUAUUAAUGUAACUACUACCAGUUACGUCCAUUCCACACUAGCGUCUCCCGAGCGUCGGCGUCUACUCAGCACUAUGGAAAAUGGCGUCGCUGCGCAGUUUCACGAAGAUUUGACUAGAUGCCGACGCUCGGGAGACGCUAAUGUGGUCUUGACACCAUAGGCAAAGGACGCACUGUGCGCAACACCACGAAGUGAUUUGCUUCUAAAUUUUUUACGAACAAAUUUGCUAAAAAAAGUGUCGUCUAUGUGUCAUGAAUAUGGUAAUACUGUCUAAGGUUACUAAGAUAAUUAUAAUCAAGUAAAUUGAAGUACUUUAAAACUUGUGAAAACGUAAAUUUUUAACACCCGACGCAAAAAGAGGGGUGUAAUUUUAUUGUGACAAGGUGGAAAUUUGACUAUUUUACAAGAUUCUGUUAAGAUUAGAUGCCAGUUUCAUGAAAGUAAUUCUGGAUUGAUCAAUAAGCAAAGUCUGCUUAGGGCACCUCUGUUUGAGCAUCGAAAAAUCUUAAUAUGGCAAAGCAUUAGUGCUUGUAAAAUAAGCAAAUUUUACUUUGACAACUUGACAGCGAAAGCCGGCUUGAAAAACGAAUGCCCACAGUGGCUCAUGAAUGUCAAACAUUGGUUCAUUGUUCUCUCAGUUGCUAUGGCAUGUGAUGUAGAAAAAAAAUACAUUUAUUUAACGCCAUAACAGACACACAGAUAGUACAUAAAAAAGAUGGCAUGCAGACAUAAAAAAAAAACAUUUGGACGCUAAAUUUGAAAUUUAAAUGACAUAAUCGGUCGGAAGCUGACGGCCUACCAUUCCAAGGGAUAAAAGGAACGCAAUCCACUGCAGUCAUUACAUGCGGCGCCAUUUUGAACAGCUCACUGAGUGACGGUUGCCGAGCAAAUUGGCUCGGGUGAGGCAAACGCGUCGAGGCAAAAUUUACACAGCGAGGCCGGGUGUUUGCCGCGCGAGGAAAUUUCCUCGCGAGGCUGUUCGCUCUGUUUGGACCCGCCUAUUCAGAUAUAUGUGGCAUUCCACCAGAGAAGGGUCCUUAUGCACAUGGCGCGGACCCUUUAAGCAUGGAACGCCACAUAUCAUAGCGAAAUGCUUAGAAAUAAAGGGAAAGGGAAAAAAGUUAUCGAGCGUUGAAAGUUAUUAAGUGGUUAAUUUCUAACCAUUGUGGCAUCGUUUGGAGAUAUUUCUGCAAACAAGGUCUUUGAUAUAAACAUGCACUUAAACUCCUUGACGAUAGAGUCGUGUUCAGAUAUUUGUGAGCACCAUUUCCGCCGCGAUGUAUCUGAGGCACGUGAAAAAGCGUGCGCCGCUGUGGGAUAUACAUUUAAAUGUAGAAACUAUGUAUUUGUAAUAAUAUAUAGAUAUAGAUCAUUAUCUUAAAUAUUUAUUUUGUUUUGCGAUAUUAAACGUAAGUAAUUUAAAUUUGUAGGUAUAGAUGUUUGCAAUUGUCUAUUUAAUUUAUUUAUUGUAGAAAUUACCCUUUUAUAGGGUAUAUGAGCAUUUCUAUAUUUAAAGUUGUAUCCCCAACUUGCAUUUUAAGUUUCAGAAUUUGUAUAUUAUUUUCUCUCAGAAUCUUUCGAUCCUAAUGCGAGAAAAUUUCAAAAAAAUAUUUUUUUUUUAAGUGUUACGGCCAUAGAAGGUUGAAUUGAAAACGGAACCAAAUGGACGCUGCUCGAUGCUCGUAAUUCUGAAUAAAAAUACUAUGAAAAUUCCUAAUUCUAACUCAAAAGUUGGGAGUACAACUUUGAACAGAAAUGCCCAACCUUAUUGUCGACACCUCACCAAUGGUUGGCACCUUCAACCAUAAUAUAAGGCAGCUGUAGUGACUUUUGAGUGUCUAUCGGAUAGUUGACCCUAAAACCUAAAACUAUGUUCUAAGAAUGUAUCAUUGUAUACCCAGAAGGACGCCACAAGAAUUAUUUCUAUCAACAUCUAAGUUAUUUAGACAAUUAUUUUAAGUAAUGAUCAAAACAGUACAUUAGUACACCUGUAUAUAAUAAAAUAUAAUCUCAUAUAUUUUGUCCCAUAAGUAUGAAAAAGAGAGCUUUUGGGCGCGUAUAGCUUAUAAUUAUGCGGUCGCUUGUUUUAGGUAUUUAAAGGUAAACAUACUAAAAGAUUGUUUUAAAUACCUUAACGAAGACCUUUUAAUAUUUAUAAAAAAAAUGCGUCGAUAGAACAAAGAUACAUUGAUCAAGUAAGAUACGUAAAAUCUAAGACAAAUACGUCCUUCGAAUUUUACAGGUAAAUGAGAUGGCACAGUACAGCGCCAUCUGUUUUGGAUGUCAAACUAAGAGGCACGUUUUGUCUUAGAUUGUAUCUCUCUAUUAGAAUCAAUUCUCUUUGGUAUAGAAUAAGUGUUUAUUGUAAUACAAUUUAUACAUACUUUUAUUGUAGAAGAAAUAUAGUAAAAAAUGCAACAAAAUUGAAUAUUUAUUUUAUUACUAGAUUACUACCCAAGUUAAAUUAAAUUUACUCAAAUUUGGCAAAUAAAUUGAUUUUAGAAGAAUUAUAUUUUUACAGAAAAUUAUCGUCGAGUCGAGUUUGAUAAACACGGUGCCCGCGAGGAAACGGAAAGAAGUAUAUUCCGGGUCAUAUUAACUUUUUUCAUUCGCCUAGUUUCAGAGUUAAUACCAUUUUAAAAAAAUCGUUUUUUUUUUUUUAAAUUGUGAUUUAGUGCAUAACGCCUUUUUGAUAGCGAUGUCGCCACUAUGGGACCUAGUCUAGAUGUCCUUAUUGACAUAUCAAAGUGACAAGGAACACUUUCACUUUGAAUAGACUAGUUUUUAGGAAAAAAUGUACCAAUUCAUAUUAUACCAUAUUUUUUCCAAGAAUAUGUACUUAUUACGUAUAAAAACAUUUGAAAAAAUAAAAUCUUUUGGCGGAAUGCACUUAAAUUUGUAUAAGAUUUUUUCCUUAUGACCUCAGGAAUACGUAGUUAUUUUUUUCCGUUUCCUUGCGGGCACCUUGUAUAUCCAUACUAGAUGUGCUGUGCGGCGCCUUAUAUUUAAUUCUAGCUGACUAGUAUACAAUAACUUUUGGCAACAACGCAUAAUUUAUGGAGCCGCACAUCGCCAUCUAUAUAUUAGCUGUCAAAUUUGAAACACGAAUAAUUCUUCGAAAACACAUCUGUAUCUUUCGGUAGUUAAAUAAAUGGAACGAUGUGUUUUUACAUUUUAGGUUACUUGAUACAUGUAAUCAGUUAACCGACCAAAUAGAAAACUGUCUGGAUCUGUUCCUUUAUCGUUGUGGCUUUAACCUAUUUCAUUUAGUCUUGUAAUAUUUUGAUCUACCAUCAAACGGUAAACAUUUCAUCUCGUUUUAGGUUGUUUACUAGAAGUAAUAGCAAAUAUUACAAUACUCAAUUACUAUUGAUUAAUCAAAUCAUUCCGAGAUAUUCCUAUUAACAAAAUAUCACAAUUAUAGAGCAGCUUCACUUCAUAAGUUUUACUACGAUAUAUUACUUCUUCGUUGAGUAAGUAAUAUAUCGUAGUAAAACUUAUGUAAGUUAUGAUACAUCCAGAAAUUAAUUGUUUUGAAGAAUAUUCUUGCCCAAUGAAAGAUCUUAUUGUGGUUUGUUUACAUUUAUUUAAACACCUAAAGACACAGACUGUAUUACAAUUAAUGCAUAUUUGCUCGACACCAUGUCCUCGUCUUAAUGUUUCGUCUAAUAAAGGUUGUAUAAAAUGGAUAAAUUUUUAUAUGAAUAGAGCUUUGGUAACAACCGAUUGCAUCAACGCUAUUUAGUACUACGUACGCUAAUCAAACGUUCACUGAUUAUUAAUAGAGUUAGACUUACCAAAUGUUAUAUAAUCAAGUCGGGUCCGCAGAGAACGAGUCGCCUCGCGCGGAAAUUGCCGCGUGAAGCAGCUUGGUCUGUGUAGACGUGCCUCGGGCGAGGCACAUCUACACCAAUUGAGGCAAUUUCCUCACGAGGCGGCUUGUUAAAUGUGGACCCGCUUAAUGAAUCUUUGGUGCUAAUGAUCUAUUAAAAAACUUAGUGUUUGAUGCAAUUGGGUAAAAGUAACGUAACUUAAAUACGUGCCGUAGAUUUAUAAAUAGUUUAAUUGUAACAUAAGAGAUAUGAAUAGGCAGCAAAUGUUUUUUUUUUAGUUUUACUCUAUGAUAAACUUAGCAGUACCAUUUUUUCUUACAGAAUUUAUCCAGAGUAUAUUGGUAAGAGAGAGGCAAGUUAAGGAUCAAAUCAAUAUCAUAUUUUAAAAAUCAGUUACGCCUCUAAUCUGUAAAUGGAAUAGUUUGUAUGAGAACCAACUUUGCAAUACUUAUUAUAGUACAAGUAACUACAUAACGCUAACUAAAAAAAAUAUACAUACAAAUAAAAAAUAGCUUGUAGUUCGUAACAUACAAUUGUAAUAUAAAAUUUAGAAUUUACUUAAAAACAAAAAAAAAAAAACAAGCUAUCAAAAUCUGAGAGCACAUUUAUUUUGAAUUACUACUUAUUUGUUUGGACACCUUCAUUCUGAGUUAAUAGGACGCGCUCUGUGUGGACCCACACGGAGCUGGCAUCGUCGCGAGGAAAAUUCCUCGCGCGGCAAAUGGCCAAUGUAGACGUGCCUCUGCCGAGGCAGCCCCCGCGUUGCCUCGGCCGAGGCACCUCUACACCCUGACCCGCCUAUUCCUUGGUGCAAUUCUGCCCUACUAAGCCAAAUAGCGAUAUCUCAAAAGAAAAUUAAUUGCUAACUAACAUUAGCUUCUAUAGCUGAUAAUUCCAUUUUCAAAAUCAUUUGUUAUUGAGAUGGGGCGUGCGCGUUGGAGGGUCUGCCAUCUUGUGGUCUGAACCCGAAACAUAAACAUGUACAUUGACACUUGACGCUAUAGCAAGUGCUGCCAUCUACCGUUUUCGUACGUUUUCUUGUGCAGUAGGUUCUGCCAUCUAGUGGCCUACAUUGGAAGCAUAAACUUCACAUUUACACCUCGCGCUAAAAAUCUGACGUCUCCUGUGCUGCCCCCUACAGUUUAUGCACUCCCUGGAACGCUAUUUGGCUUAUGAGGACAGAAUUGUUAUAAAUAAAUAAAUAUUAUAGGGACAUCCUUACACAGAUUGACUAAGUCCCACAGUAAGCUUAAGAAGGCUUGUGUUGUGUAAUAUUUGUAAUCAUUGUUUUUAUAUCUCAGAUCCUAAAAUGACAGUAGGUAGGUAAAGCCUGACCAGUAAUACAUGAUCAUGCGCCAUAUUGCGGAAUUUCAUUGGAACUAAAAAUUUUCAUACUAAACUGAACUGUCAUCCUAUACAUGAGAAUAACAGCGCCCUCUUAAGAAUUAUCAUAUAUUUCUGGGCGGGCUUAACCGAUUUGUUUUAUAGUCGCCAUCAGAUAUAUCCGAGCGGUGAAUGUGUUCACAAAUAUCUGAACAAAGAGGGCUUUGUUAAAAGGGAUAAACGAGAGGUUACAGUGCAUGUUCAGAUAUUUUUGGGCACCUUUGCUGCUCCAAUAUCUCUAAAGGUCACUCCACAAAAUCAAGAUAAUUGGGUAGAAGUCAAACUAAUCGAAGCAUUAUAUUUGUAUUUCUAAUUUAAAGACCAUGUUUCCACAAGAGAUGUACGUGGAGUGGUCCUAUUGGUUCUUGACAGACGCAUCCUCGCAAAUCUCUAGUGGAAACGCAGCCUUAAACUUCAUAAAAAAUCUGACUUAACCCUUUACCAGGCUGACAGUUCAAAAAUGACAAUCGAAUGUCAGUCUUACUCAUCGAAAAUAGAACAUAU